GCACCGCCUCUUCAAGUCUUCCCGAUGGAUUCGUUGAGAAACGGUUAAGCUUUCCGUUCAAGCUAGGAUUUCCGGAUCGACGGCGAUGGAGUCCGAGAAGUCCAAAGCCGUGAUCGGCGUCGUGCGAGCGUCCAGGCCUCUCUUCCGGAGCCGGCACGACCGCCUCGCUUUCGCCGUCCACGCGUCCUUCCUCGCCUCCGGCUACUCCCUCGCCGCCACCGGACGCGCCGCCUACGCCGCCGACGCUCUCUCCUCCUCCGCCGGUGAGUAUGUCGGGAUCGAGCGCUGGAACGAGGCCGAUGACGAGUAUGCGUUCGUGUACGUGAGUCCCGAGGACUCGAAGAAAGUCUUGGUGAAGUGUCUCGCGAUGGACGACAAGCUGGCCGUGGAUGCUUUGAAAGACGGGGCUGCUGAGCCUGUUCAUCUCGAAAUUGAUAUCGAUGAGUUCAUUGUGGAGGAUGGAGCCGCGAGUUACUCUGGUCAGUUCAAAAAUCUGGAUAAGUUGGUGAAGAGUUUGGAUACGGAGAUAUUGUCGAAAUUGGAUGGCUCAUCGAGGCCUAGUUCGUCGACGAAUGCUGUCGGAAGAGAAAAUAGUGAAGGAUCGAGACAACGUAUCAAUGAGCCUGGUCUUGCACCUCGUGAACCUUGGAGUCCACAAGUUCAUCCUUCAGGAGUUGUAUGUCCUCCUGUUUAUCCUCUUGGUGGCAACGACCUUUUUCCUGGGCCUGGGGCCGGAAUGUACCCAACCAGGGGUGGUUAUGGUAGCAGUGGGAGUAUCCUUUUAGGACCCAAUGAUCCCAGUUGGUUUGGCGGAGAUGCUGGACACCCUGGUUUCCCCGGAGCCCAACCAGGUGUCCCUCCGGGUGCUCGUUUUGAUCCAUAUGGUCCACCUGGUGUGCCUGGUUUUGAGCCUAGUCGAUUUGUCAGAAACCCGAGGAGACCUGGUGGCGGGACACACCCAGACUUGGAGCACUUCCGGGACGGUUCGGAUUUCAUCUGAAUCUAACAGUUUGUAGAUUCUAGCCUUUUCUAUGAGAAGACAAUCCAAAUGGAAGAGAGAUGGCAAGAGUCAAAUGUUGCUGCUCAGAAACAUUCUCCUUUUCCCCCUUUCUUAGUCCUUAUAAUCUGGCUUUCUGUCUGCCUGAGUCGAAUGGUUCUGUAUAUUAUUAUGUCGAUAAGUUUUUCAUUGUGAUGGUAACGGUUUAAUUUGCGUUGCAACUUCGAAUGUGAAAACUUGGCUCUGGCGCAUCCUGCCGAUCUCUUAGCUGCGGCGGAUGAGUUUUUUCUUCAAUAGCCUUUAACAUGUGAAAUUUUUCACGGUAAACAAAUGUUGAUACUUAAAUUUAUAUUUAUAUAUACACACACAUUUGCAUGAUC